AGUUGAAUACAACAUUAUAUAAACACAGCCGCACCGUCUCAUGUAUUGAGCGUGUUGAUAUUAACCAACAUGUUGACUAACAAAGUUGUCCCUUUCAUUCGAUCUCGGUCCCUUUCUUCCAUCACCAACAAAUACUUCUGGAGAUGUCUACACCGUACCAAUGUGUUCGAAGCAGAAACUUCCAGUGCUCCACAACCUAAAGAAGAGCUUCGACCACUCUAUCUAGAUGCAUUGGCAACAACACCAAUGGACCCCAGAGUCAUAGAUACUAUGCUUCCCUACAUGAUCAGCUUUUAUGGGAACCCUCAUUCUCGGACACAUGCCUAUGGAUGGGAAAGUGAAGCUGCUGUAGAAAAUUCCAGAAAGCAAGUUGCUUCUCUCAUUGGAGCUGAUCCCAAAGAGAUUAUCUUCACAAGUGGUGCUACAGAGUCAAACAAUGUUGCAGUGAAAGGGGUUGCACGGUUUUACAAGUCCAGAAAGAAGCAUAUCCUCACCACACAAACUGAACACAAAUGUGUCUUGGACUCAUGCCGUGUAUUGGAGAUGGAAGGUUUCGAUGUCACCUAUCUGCCUGUUCAGUCAUCUGGCAUUAUUGACUUGGAAUUAUUUGAGAAAUCUCUACGUCCUGACACAUCACUGGUUUCCAUUAUGGCUGUCAACAACGAGAUAGGGGUGGUGCAACCCAUCAAGGAAAUAGGUCAGCUGUGCCGUCAAAAGAAGAUCUUUUUCCACACUGAUGCAGCCCAAGCUGUUGGUAAAAUACCUGUAGAUGUUAAUGAUUUGAAUAUUGACCUCCUGUCACUUAGUGGUCACAAGAUUUAUGGACCAAAGGGUAUCGGUGCUCUGUAUGUGAGGCGGCGUCCUAGAGUAAGAAUUGACCCACCCCAAAGUGGUGGUGGUCAGGAGAGAGGAAUUCGAAGUGGUACAGUACCAACACCAUUGGUCGUUGGUUUGGGAAGAGCUUGUCAGAUUGCUGAAGAAGAACACGAGUAUGACUACAAGAGAGUUUCCAUGCUGUCCAAGAGGCUGAUAGAAAAAAUCACAGCAGAAACAAGUCAUGUGAUUAGGAAUGGUGACCCAGAGUCAUCUUAUCCGGGUUGUGUGAACUUAUCAUUUGCCUUUGUUGAAGGAGAAAGUUUGUUGAUGGCCCUUAAAGAUGUUGCUUUAUCCUCUGGCAGUGCCUGUACUUCAGCUUCUCUUGAACCUUCUUAUGUACUACGUGCUAUUGGAUCAGAAGAAGACUUAGCUCAUUCAUCCAUACGGUUUGGUAUUGGUCGUUUCACAACAGAAGCAGAGAUAGACUAUACUGUUGAGAAAUGUAACAAGUUUGUGAAGGAGCUGAGGGAAAUGAGCCCUCUCUGGGAAAUGGUACAGGAAGGAAUUGAUUUGAAAACUAUUAAGUGGACCCAACAUUGAAUGAUAUUGUGGUAGUAUUGAACUGUACCCACCAACUGUUACUUCCAGGCCUGUCUGUGCAAAGUCGAUGUGUCUGGCCCCUAAUAUUUGCAAGAAACAUACAAGUCUGACCUCUAAUUGACAAUAUACACUCCUAUGUAGCGUUAUUGCAUAAUAUUUAAUAAUAAUAAUAAUAAUCUAUUUUUAAAGAUA